CUGGCCUCCCGCAGCUUCCUGGCUUGCUUCUCCCGAUUGGUUGAGACCUUCCGGGGGGGGGAUGGUAGCCCACGUCCCAUUUUCGCUUCCUAAUUGGCUGUGAGGAUUAAAAAAAAAAAAAACUAGCGGACGCAUGCGCCUUUCGCUGCCUCGCGAGGAAAAAUGGCGGCGGCGGCCGCUCGCGCCUUCACUGUGGCGGCUUCGGCGGGCGGGCAGCGCGCCCUGAGGGGAGGCGGCCGUUGUGCAGCCGCAAGAAUAGCAGGCGGCUCCGGCUCCUGCUGGCGGUGGCGGCGACGAGGUGCCUGGACGCCGGCCCCGGGGCGGACACUGACCUCGGGGGCUCCCUCGCAGGCGGUGGGGGCGGGGCUGACGGAGGCGGUCCUGCGGGAUGCGGUCAGGCAGCGGCAGCAGUCAGCUGAAGGUGGAGAAGGGAAAAGUUCUGGCUCUGAUGAGCAGCAAGAGAAGAAACGGAAGGAAAAUACUGCUUAUGCAAAGAAGAUGGUGCUGAGGAUAGCUGGGCUUAUGGGAGCUAGUAGUGGCAUAGCAGUUAUUUAUAUAUUUGGUAGUAAUUCAGUGGACGAGCAUGGUGUCAAGAUUCCUGAUGAAUUUGACAAUGAUCCAGUGGUGAUUCAGCAGUUCCGAAGGGCGUACAAAUAUUUCAAAGAUUACAGACAGAUGAUCAUAGAGCCCACCAGUCCUAAACUGCUUCCAGACCCCCUGAAAGAACCCUACUACCAGCCCCCUUACACCCUCGUCAUUGAACUCACAGAUGUUCUCCUCCAUCCGGAAUGGUCGCUAGUGACUGGCUGGCGCUUCAAGAAGAGACCAGGUAUUGAUAACCUCUUCCAGCAGUUGGCCCCACUUUAUGAAAUCGUCGUCUUUACCUCCGAGACCGGAAUGACUGCCUUCCCCCUCAUUGACAGUGUGGAUCCUCAUGGGUUCAUCUCUUACCGGCUUUUCCGUGAUGCCACUCGUUACAUGGAUGGGCAUCACGUUAAGGAUAUCUCCUGUCUGAACAGAGACCCAGCCAAAGUGGUGGUGGUGGACUGCAAGAAGGAGGCCUUCCACUUGCAGCCCUUCAACGGCAUGGCGCUGAAGAAGUGGGAUGGGAACUCGGAUGACCGGACGCUCUUUGACCUUGCUGCCUUUCUGAAGACCAUUGCCUUGAGUGGUGUAGAAGACGUCCGGACCGUGUUGGAGAACUACUCCUUGGAAGAGGACCCCCUGGAGGCAUUUAAACGCAGGCAGUCCCAGCUGGAGCAGGAGGAGCAGCAGCGUCUCUCCGACCUCUCCCAGCACAAGAAGCAGCAGCUCUUCCUGGGCUCCCUGGCAAGCCGGCUGUGGCCUCGCUCCAAGCAGCAGUGACGCCGGUGCCCGCCAGUGCCGCCUCGGCCGCUCCAGUCCCUUGCCUGCGGGAGCGCCCACCUCUGCAGAAAGUUGCACCAGGGGACACAGACUCUGGCCAAAGAGGGCCCACAUCAGGGGUCGCGAGAGGCAGCCCAUCCACCCCAGGCUCCUCUCCGUUCCAGCCGCGAUCUCUUUUUGGAGGUCUGGAGAACUGUGUUCAGGCUCGAGCCCUUUUCCGGGAGAUGGAACUCUCCCAGAGUGGGAUCUGUGUUGACCCAUUGGGCAGCUUUCCUGUGCAGCCAAGGAAGCGUGUGUCCCCACUAGAGCCAGGAAAGGAGCGAGGAAAGUCUCUGCUUCUAGGUAGCUCCUGGAUCCACCUUUCACGCAUCUCUAUCAUGUUCCCUUCAGACUUCAGACCACGCCGCUCUUCUGUUGGCACAAAUGGAAAUGAAUGUGGGGGUUACUCAAAUAAAUGGUCACCUUUA